GAUAUGUUGCUGAAUUCAUCUUCUAGUGAUGUAAGCAACAGUGUCAAUACUGUUAAACCUCUGGAAGAUGAGCAUCUACCCAACAAGCCCCGUGGAUGGUUGAACUGGCUAUCACGCGGCAUGCUUGGGGCUGGAGGAACUGAUGAUUCUAGCCAAUUUUCUGGUGUUAUUUCAGAUGAUGUGGUCAAGGAUAUAUAUGAAGCGACAAAAUUCCAGCCUGUGCUGCCACCAAAUGAUGAUGCUCCUGCAGACAAUAAAAUCUAUUUCUCUUCAUUGAAGUUCAGCAUUAAACAAAUUUCUGCUACUAUACGGAGCAUGAAGCUGGGUUAUGCCAUUGCCAACAUGGUACUUAAGGGGAUUUUUGUUGGGUGUGAGACUUGGGAAGAGGGUGCUGUUAUCAUUGCUGAAAUAAACUCGGCUGAGAUGCUCAAUCCAUUCAACAAACAAGUCGUUUUACGAACAAGGGUAAAUUCUGAUGGAGGCAAGCCAAAUAUUCAUCAACCUUCUCUAAGUUUCCAACUUGACAUGUCACAUCUUAAGCAGGCUGCUACUUUAUCUGUGAAGGCAUCUAUCCAGCCACUUCACAUAACCUGUGAUUUAGAAUGUGUCAAGAAUAUUAUGAGUCUUUCUUCCCUUUUGGAACACUCCUGUUCUCUGCAGGACACGAUUCUGUCGUCCAUCAACAAAAUUCAAAAUAUUAAUGCACGACUUCAGACUAAAAUUGGGCAUGUCUUAUCAAAUCGCAAGAUUGUUACAUGGAAUGUCCAUAUAUUGGGUAUUACCGUCCUUGUUCCUGCUGGAGAUGCAAAUUCCGACAUGCAGAAGAUGGUUCUUGAAGCAGGGGAAUUAACCUUUGCAUCAAAAGGUGACAGAGAUACUUUAUUAGCAUCGUCUUGUUGCACUAGUGAUGUUGUCUUGGGUUGUCAGCUUCAAGAUCUCUAUGAUCACUUUGAGAUUAACAUUAGUGAUCUUGAGGUAAAAAUUUUGACUUCAUAUUCCUCUGGAAAUGUCAACCUUCUGGAGAAAUUUAGUACCAAUAUCAAUUUGAGAUUGUGCAUUAUUCCUGACGAAUCAGAGUUGAAAAAUUGUGAGGUUGAUAUUGAGGUUUCAUCGGUUCUUGCUCACUUUUCACCAUUACUAUACGGGGCAAUUAUGGAACUAAUUGUUGAUUUUAAUAUUUUGCGUCUAUCAUCAGACUCCUUGGCGCUAACUACAGUUAAUGGAAGUGGGGUAUCUGCCGGUUUUUGGUUCUCCAUUGCUGCAAAUGUGAAAUCUAUUGGUUUCUUGAUUGAUUUUGAAAGUGAUGUAGAAAAUGCUUGCAGUCUCAUGUUUUUGCUUCAGACAUUAAAUAUUCGUUGCAGGUUUGAUGGAAAAGAGUCCUUAGAGGGAAGGGCCUCAGUGAAGGAUAUAAAGAUCCAUGAUUAUUGUGGUAGAAGUGAAGGGAAAAGCCUUACCUUUUGCUCAUCUCGAAGCUCGUCAGGAUCUAUGUAUCAGGAUGAUAAUGGUGUCAGAAUUGACCGUCAAACUGGGGAUUCCGAUAACAAAAGUAGUACCAAUGAUCCGUGCAUUCUGUUCCAUUACAAAUACUAUGAGAAUUCAGGAUUCAUUGGUCAUGAAUGUAAAUUGAGUUUAAGUGAUCUUGAUAUUCACUGCUACCGUUUUAUAAUUGGAGUUUUGGUAGGAUUUGUUGAUAAGCUAUCUAAAAUCAGAACUUCUCUUCGAGUUGCGGGCAACCCUUUAGUGAAUAGCAACAAUUGCAUUCCUAGUUUUCGUUCCUCGCUUCAAAAUUCUGGUUUCUUCAACUUUUUAAAAACUUCUGUGUCUGAAUGGGCAAGCAUUUCAUUGGAUCAUUUCCCUUUCAUCACCCUAACAGAUACUGGUUCACUUAAUCUUGGAGGUUUCUCAAACGAAAAUUUCGUUGAGUGGUGGAAGGUUCUCAAUUUAAGGGACAGCAAGGGCAUAAAUCCUAAGGCCGACAUAGAGAAUAAAACUAACAGUCAGCUUCCAUCUUCUGUUAAGUCGUCUUCUCAAAUUUAUGAUGCUAAAAAGGCGUAUUUCAUUGAUUUGGAGCUCAGCAACUGCAGAGUUCAUUUUCAUGAACCCCCUUACGUGAUUGGAACUCUUCUGUUUCCAAAUGUCAAGUCUGCAUUGUGUAUUUGCGCCGACUAUCUGGAUAUACUUUGCUCUGCUGAGGGUUUGGCUCUUUCUUCUUUACAGUGGACUCAUAUGAUGCAGGAUUUCCUUUGGGGUCCCUUGACAUCCAGUUCCUCUCCAACUUUGAACCUACGUAUCAGGAAAGAAAGUGAAAAGUCACCGUUGAAAAUGAGUUUCAGUAUCCAGAAUGUGUCUUGUGUUUUACCGCCUGAGUUCCUUGCAGUUAUCAUUGGUUAUUUUUCCUUAUCUGAUUUGAGCAGUCCCGGAUUGCCUAUUACAGAAAGCUCUAACUCUAACACUUCAAAAGACAAUGUAUGCACUGAAUUUAUGUUUGAGAUACUGGACUCCAACUUAUUUAUACCGACGGGGACUAGUGGAUCUCAAUUUCUGAAGCUUGAUAUACGACGGUUAUAUUCUGGUUUCACGCAAAAUGGUGAAGCAAAGUUUGUGCUGAAGGAUAUUCCUGCGGAGUGCUUGGUUACAGAAGAUGAAAUUGCUCACAGAAAUGAUUGUCUGGACUUAUUUGGAUAUGACUUAUCUCUAUCUUUGAUGCAAUUGGAAGAAGAAGCAUCUAAUUGUUCAGGUUCUUUUUAUGGCCCCACUUGGGCAAAUAUCAUCUUGAUUGCGCCAUUUAGUGCUGAUGUAUGGGUGAGAUUACCAUCCCAAUGUGAAUGUUGCGAUGUCGUAUCCUGUUAUCCAAGUUGCAUUAUGACAAUAGUCAAGGUUUGUCAACUCAACGCUGAAGGUGCAUCACUCAUGAUUGGGUGUGAAGCAAUGAUGGAUAUGAUAGAUCAGUUUUCCUCUGUAAAUAAACAAGCCGAAGCAUUCAAAUCUGAUAUCUUACAGUUUUUUCUACGCAAGGAGGGGAAAAAGGAAAAAGAUGCAUCUCUGCCUCAAGCCUCUCCUGAAAAUUUCAUGAUAAUCCAAGCUUCUGUGAGGUCAAUGUCCAUAAAAUUGCGAGAACAGAAAGGAGAAUCAGUUGCUUCUGACCUCAUUGGGGAGGUUAACAUGCAGUUGCUGUGUUCUGCCUCUUUAAAAAAUGAUGAACUCUCAAGGCUGAGGAUCUCCUUCUCUUAUCUACAGCUAUUCUCAUCACUGAACUCUGUUUUGCUUGCAGAAUGCUGUUCUAACUCUGGCUUACCUGUUAUUGUAACAACAUUUUCAUUGUCUGAUCAUGGUGCAAAUAUGCUUUCUGUUUCCAUGUCUUUGCUAGAUGUUUGGAUACAUUUGUCUGACUGGGUUGCGAUCAUCAAUGUACUCCAUUCUUCCUCUACAAAACAACCCAAGAUCUUAAUGACAAACUCAUUAUCAAAGAAUAUUGCACAUGUCCCUUUUGACCAACUCAAGGAUGAUGAAAAUGAUGGCCCACAAAAUUCCUAUCCAUGUCCAAAUAUUUUGACGUCUGAAGUAAAUGCGGGGCAUGUUUCUGGAAUUCACUAUGUUGAGUUGGAAAGUUUUAGUGUCCAAAUUCAUGUUCCUGCUUGGGUUAGAAAAGAUGCUUUGAACACAUCAGAGUUGAAGCAGGGCGAAAAGAGCAUGAAUUAUUUACGAAACAUGAUUUAUGGAAAUAGACACGGCCUUUUUACUGUUGGCUUUCAAGCAAGGAAUACUAAACUUUUUAACUUCGGGACUACUAUGAGAUUGAAAAUUGAUCUAGAUAAAACCUGGGGUACAGUGGAGCUAGUAAAGGAUGAUACCACACGCACAUGGCCCCUGUUUGAACUAUUUCAAGUGAACCUGGAAGCUGAAAUUUGCACUAGUUGCAUUGAGCGUAUCCAUGCGAAGGUGGAUCUUCAAUGUCACUGUCUGGAUGUAUGGUUAUCAGAUCACAUUCUUUAUUUCUGGCAGUUUGUGGAUUUUGAAUGUCCAGCAGCUGGGCCUUCUCAGUUUAGUGUCAGUCAAGUGAAAUUUGAAAUCCAGCUUAGAAAGUUUUCUCUUCUUUUGGCUGAUGGAAAGUGGAGUUCAAGUGGACCUUUGCUGGAGUUGCUCAUGACAAACUUGCUUCUUUGCUCAAAUAUAGCUGGAAAUGAAAUGGAGGGUUUAGUGAAGUGUGAAGUCCAAGUGAACUACAAUAACAUUGACAAGGCAUUGUGGGAGCCUUUCCUAGAGCCAUGGAAAGUCCAACUAAGCAUACGAAGGCAUGACGACCAUUCCCUUUUGAGUAGUGACGUUACUAGCAAUCUUCAUAUCGAGUCGACAACUCAACUUAACUUGAAUCUUACCGAGUCACUUAUUGAGGUUGUUUCUAGGGCAAUUGAGAUGACUAAAAAUGCAUGGGAUGUGGUACAGUUGACUGCUAAUUCUGAGAUCCCAUCAUUCUUAAAGUCUCAGAUAAGUGAAAAUCUGGACACCCGGAGUUCUCCUCCUUAUAUACUGCAAAAUCUGACUUCGUUGCCUUUAGAGUUUCAUGUCUAUCAACAGCAGCAGAGUGGUUAUGGCUUAGAAGUACCCUCCGUGAAAGGUGGAAAGUAUUUACAACCAGGAUCUUCUAUUCCAGUUUAUGUUAGUGAAAGUCUUGAGGAUCAAAUUUUACGCUAUAGGCCCGCCCAAUCCUGUGACCAAUUUGGUGACAAAAAAUCGGUGGAGCCAUCACAUCAUUAUAUCAUUGUUCAACUCGAGGGAACAUCAUUUCCUUCUGCUCCUAUUUCAAUGGAUCUUGUUGGUAUUAGAUACUUUGAGGUCGAUUUUUCCAAAUCAUCAAGGAAGUUUGAUAUUGAUACAACUAAGAAUGUUCCAAACAGUAGUAUAAAUGAUGGAAGGAACGGUAGAAUAGAAGAAAAAAGUGGCUUUAUCGUUCCUGUAGUGAUUGAUGUGUCCAUACAGAGUUACACGAAGAUGGUGCGGUUGUACUCAACUGUAGUAGUAUCAAAUGGAACUUCUGUGCCUCUUGAAGUACGGUUUGACAUUCCAUUUGGUGUUUCUCCAAAGAUUCUGGACCCCAUAUAUCCUGGUCAACAGUUUCCUCUUCCAUUACAUUUGGCUGAAGCAGGACGAAUGAGAUGGCGUCCUCUUGGUAAUUCUUACUUGUGGAGUGAAGCCCACAGUAUUCCAAAUAUUCUUUCAAAUGAAAAUAGAAUCAGCCUUUUGCGCUCUUUUGUCUGCUAUCCAUCUCAUCCAAGCAGUGACCCUUUCCGCUGCUGCAUAUCUGUGCAUGAUUGGUGCUUAGCGUCAGCUGUGUCACCAGAAAAAGGGUUUUCUUUGUCCAACAAUAUUCUAACACAGCCCCUUAAAGCUCAUAGCAAUGUAACUUACAUGCUUAAGUCUGAGAAGAGGAAUGUACAUCAGUUGACUUUAAGCAGUCCAUUGGUGUUGAAGAACUAUCUUCCGGAGAUGGUGUCCGUGACAAUAGAAAAUGCUGGUGUUUGUCGUUCUGCAGAUGUGUCAGAGGUUGAAACUUCUUUCUUCCAUGUUGAUUCUUCACAUGACCUCACAAUAACUUUUGACAUGCCUGGAUAUAAACCUUCAGCUGUGAAAUUUCCACGUGCUGAAACAUUUGGUGAAAUAGCGAAGUUCAGCGGAACAAGGUUCUCUUUGUCGGAGACUAUUACUUUUGACCCUCAGUCAUCAGAUGGUCCUCUGUGUGUUGCAAUUGAGAAGGUGAUGGAUGCAUUUUGUGGAGCUCGUGAAAUAUGCAUUUCGGUUCCAUUUUUGCUAUACAAUUGCACUGGUUUCCCCCUUGUUGUAUCUGAAUCUGUCAACUGGGCAAAAGGCCAUUUUAGUGUCAUUACUUCUUGCUAUGAUGUGGACGAGCAGGACCUAAUUCUCCGCAAGAAAGAUGGUCUUGGUAUUUUGACUUCUAAUCAAGAUAUGGAUACAGCGUCGAAUAGCAACAUUCUGCCUGUAGCUCCCUUGAGCAAUAACCUCGUCACAAAGUCACAUGACCCUAAAUUCUCUGGGACACAAUCAAUUGAGUUUGAUAAUUCAACAGUUUUUCACCGGGGUUCACAGAAGCAUGAUAAAGCAUCGCUUCACUGGAGUAGGUCUUAUACAAGUAGUCAAUCCAGCUUAAAAUCUUGUAGCUUAACAGAAGGUGAUGCUUGGAAGGUUAAUUGCCGGAUGUAUUCACCUAACCCAAGUUUGUCUUCAAGUGAAAUUAUGGUCCGACUGUGUAGAUAUCUACCUAAUUGUCUGAUGGAUGACAUUCCUAACGAUUCUUGGUCUAUCGCUUUUUCUCUUGUGCCACCUACUGGUUCGACCAGUGUAACGGUCCCACAACCAUCCUGGAAAUCCGGCUAUGUAACUUCUGUUAGUGCUGUUGCAGCACCAUUUUUGGGUAGGACAAGAAUUAUUACCUUUCAGCCAAGAUACGUAAUCAGUAAUGCAUGCAACAAGGAAUUGUGUUACAAGCAGAAAGGAACAGAUGAUGUUUUCACAUUGGAAUCUGGAAGGCAUUCUCAUAUUCAGUGGACGAAUACAAUGAGGGAGUUGCUAGUCUCUAUUAAAUUUGCUGAACCUGGAUGGCAAUGGUCCGGUUGCUUCUUGCCAGAACAUCUAGGUGAUAUUCAGGUGAAAAUGCGAAAUUUUCUCUCUGGUGCCGUGAACAUGAUACGUGUGGAAGUUCAGACUGCUGAUGUCUCUAUUAGAGAUGAUAAAAUUGUUGGGAGCUCUCAUGGUCAGUCGGGGACAAACUUGAUUCUUGUGUCAGAAGAUGAUACUGGCUUUAUGCCAUACCGUAUUGACAAUUUCUCCCAGGAGAGGCUACGUGUUUACCAACAAAGGUGCGAAACUUUUGAAACUAUGGUCCAUUCCUACACUUCUUGCCCUUAUGCAUGGGAUGAACCCUGCUACCCUCAUCGUCUCACUAUUGAGGUUCCGGGUGAACGUGUUAUAGGAUCAUAUGCUCUGGAUGACGUGAAAGACUAUGCACCUGUAUACCUAUCCAUGACUCCCGAGAAACCUCAAAGAACUCUUAUUGUUUCUGUCCAUUCUGAAGGAGCAGUCAAGAUUCUAAGCAUCAUUGAUUCCAAUUGCCAUGUAUUGAGUGGUAUGAAGACUCCACACAUCUCUCAGUCCAAAGAUAGAAAUAAACAUGUAUUGAAGCAUGAAAAUUCUUCUGACUGCAAAGAGAGAAUAUUGGUGGACAUUCCCUAUGUUGGUAUCUCUCUAAUAAGCUCUAUGCCAGAGGAACUGAUUUUCACUUGUGCAAGAGACAUUACAGUUGAUUUCACGCAGAGUGUAGAUCAACAGAGAUUCUCUUUUCAAAUCACCUCUUUGCAAAUUGAUAACCAGUUAACGUGUACACCUUACCCUGUUAUCUUAUCAUUUGAUGUUAGUAAGACGAUUACUAGUGGAGUAAGGACAGAUCUGGAGAGCUCACGGGAACCGGUACUUUCAUUGGUGGUGACGAAGUGGAAUAAUAGAUAUCUGUCACUAGUCUCCUUCGAGUACAUAAGUCUAAGAGUAGCAGAUUUUCAUCUUGAACUUGAUCAGUAUGUGAUCUUGAGUUUGUUUGAUUUCAUUAAAACUUUAUCGUCAAGGUUGCAGAGCAGAGCGUUACAGCACUCUAAUUCAACGGAGCAUCCUCUUUUUGAUGGUGUUUUUACUAUGAACAUCUCUAACUCCAUAGAUCAGGCACCGAAGAAAUCAAAUGUAAAUGAAUGCUACUCAGUUAAGAUUCCUGUGUUUCAUGGAAGCAGUGAUAGGACCUCUCUGCUACCUAUAAUAGUUCCAAUUGGAGCCCCGUGGCAACAGAUUCACCUUCUUGCCAAAAGGCAGAAGAAGAUUUAUGUUGAGUUGUUUGAUGUGGCUCCGCUGAAGUUGACUUUAAGAGGGGUCUUAUGGCACUUGCUGAUAUCGAGGGAGCACAAAUUCACCUUAAACAAGUAAUCCUUUCACAUCAGCUUGCUAGCUGGGAAUCUGUUCAAGAGAUACUAAUCGAGCAUUACACACAACAAUUUCUUCAUGAGAUGUA